UCCGGUUUGUGGAAGAGUCGCAUCAAAGCGGUUUUCGUAGGAUAGCAUUUUCCGCGAUAAAAUGUCUGAUUUGGCGAAGGAGAAAGCGGCACGUCUGCUGAAGAAGCGCGGAAGCCUGUCUUCUCUGGGCAGUCAUGAAGUCCGAGCUAAAGAAACCUUUGCCAGAACCAAGGACUCUAUCAGUACAGUGUCUUACAUGGAGGAGCCCGGACAUCAUGAUGAUAUCCCACGACCUGUGGUGCAGAUGGAGAACACCUAUCAGCUCAGCCCCGCGCGACAUUUUCCGGUGUUAACAGUGAAGGACAUUCUGAAGGACGUGUUGACCAGCUACCUGCAGGAGGAGAAAUAUGAACCCGAGCUGUGCAGACAGAUGACCAAAACCAUCUCUGAGGUGGUCAAAGCCAGAGUUAAAGAUUUGAUGAUUCCCCGCUACAAGAUCAUCGUCGUCAUCAGCAUUGGUCAGAUCAGAGACCAGAACAUGCGCAUGGGGAGUCGAUGCCUUUGGGACGAAACGCAUGAUAAUUUCUCCUCGCAUACUUUCAAAAACAGCUCGCUCUUCGCCACCGCUACCGUCUAUGGUGUUUAUUUUGAAUGACUGUGUAAGAAGCUGGCUUUUAGUGACGAGUGAUUUCAGCCAACCAGUGGCAUCUACACUACAUAUUUAAGUUAAAUGACCUUUAAAAUGACUUAAAAUAACUAGAGGUUGAGUAAGUAUGAGGCAGUUCUGGUUCCUCAACAUCUCCCAUAAUGAUAAGUUAAAUGCAACAU